AUGUCGGCCGACUUCUGGGCCGGCUACCUCAGCGGUGCCGCCGGCAUCAUCAUCGGCAAUCCGCUAGACCUCAUCAAGACCCGACUGCAAGCAGGCCCUGCAGCUGCGCCCGCCAGCCGCAGUGCCACUCCCGAAGCCAUCAAUUGGCGCAAUGCCGGGAACUACGUGCGUGGUGCCACAGCCCCGAUUCUCGGAUACGGCGCGCUCAACGCUAUCCUCUUCGUCUCGUACAACCGCACCCUCUCCCUGCUGGGCGAGGGCGACUACUCCAACCCGCGCAGCCUCGCCCGCGUCUUCUGGGCCGGCGCCGUCGGCGGCUUCGCCACCUUUGUCGUCUCCGCCCCCACCGAGCUGGUCAAAUGCCGGGCCCAGGUCUACGACUCGAUGCCGCGGGGGAGAGGUGGUGCCGUGAGUGGUGAGGGCGGCGGCAGCAGCAGCAGCGGUGGGGGCAAGGUAAGCUCGUGGGCCGUCGCGCGGGAAACGUGGAGGGCGGAGGGUUUGAAGGGGUUCUAUCACGGUGGUGUGGUGACGGGCGUGAGGGACGCCGUUGGUUACGCAUUUUACUUCUGGUCCUAUGAGCUCAGCAAACGCCUUAUCAACUCCCCGGAGGACACGCAGCGCCAAGCCGCCCUCAAGGUCCUCCUCUGCGGUGGUAUCGCCGGCAUAGUAACUUGGGCCUCUAUUUUCCCGCUGGACGUCAUCAAAACCAGAGUCCAAACGCAACAAGCCUGGACCGCAUCACCGGCGAUGGUAGCAGCAGCAACCGCAAACCUUCACCGCCACCGAAGCCCUCAGCCAUCAGGUGAACGUGCAUCACUCCUGCCACGCCAAGCCCCGUCAUCGACUGCGCCGACGAGACGGAUGGGAGCGUGGGAGAUUACCAAGCACUCCUACCGUACCGAGGGCCUUGCCGUCUUCUUCAGAGGCUUGGGGAUCUGCAGCGUGCGUGCCUUCAUCGUCAACGCCGUCCAGUGGGCCGUCUACGAGUGGGUGAUGCAGCUGAUGAGGGAGAAGAGCAGCGAGAAGGGGACGGCUGCAUUGGAAAUAGGCCACAGUAGUAGCGUAGCUGCUUAG